CUGCUAUGUACGUGUCGUUUGACUGCUGUUUUAUCGAGGUAUUUAUUGGCUGGCAGUGAUAAAAGUUGAUUAUAACUCAACAUACAUUUGGUACAGGAAACAACUAACGCUUUGAUUUAAUUGCUACACCAUUGUUAUACGAAUUUAUGCAGUUGGUUUUGAUCAAAGAAAUGGUGUCCUUUUAGGGGUUUGAAGCUCUCUAAGCAAUGGCAUGGAAAGCUCAAGCGACUGUGGUUCAUUGAGCAGUCAAGCCAUGGCUUCGUGGAUAAAACCUGUGUGGAAGGAAUGUAGACUUAGCUAUCGAAUUAAAAACGACAAUAACUUAAAGGAGCUUAAACAUACUUUCGACAUACCACAAUUGCAGUUUCUUUUUGAGGUGAAAAAAGAACUUAUCGAGAAUGCUUUUAAAGAGGAUUUGGAGGUGAGAGUGGAGCGAGGCGGAACUGAAAAUACGAACUAUAUUCGUUUUGAUAGUUUAUCCGAAAGCUUUACUACCAAAAAACCGAUUAAACGCAAAAUAAAAGAAGUGCUUAAAAGGGUGUUAUUAGAACUUGCUACUUUGAAAAUCAGCUUGACCAGUGUUCCUAUUAAUGGCAUUCUGGAUAAACCACCAACUCAAGUUUUAGAAAGGUGCGCUGUAAUUUUUAGUGACGGUGAACAGAUAGUAUGUGUAGCUGAAAACAAUGAGUGCAUGGACAAAUUGUUAGUAGAGAUAGGACACAGAUGUGUUGAAAUUGUAGAUUUGAAAUAUCCCUAUGUUAUCUUACAAGACUUAGGUGUUGAAGAGGAAUUGAAUGCGCCGGAGUUGCCAUUUUCAAUGCACCCACAUUGUGAGGAUGAGUACAAAUGUGUAUUCAAAUUGAAAAGUAAUGAUAAGACUUCUAUCCCAAGAAAUGUCUUGGAUGAAAUAGUCUGUACUCCGUUAAAGUUCAAUGCUGAAUUUGACGAUCGACUGAUAUUUGACCAAAAAGGCAGCCUUAAGGAAAACUUCUUGAUAGCAAUGAGGAAACGUUUAAAAGGAUCAACAAGUAACAUAACAUUUGGAAAAAGAUACGGUUCAGCUGCAGUUUAUGCAAGAAACAUCGCUAAUAAUGAAACGUUUUCGGAGAUAGCAAAAAACAUUGAAAAUGCUGUAAAAGUAUUUAGACCUUCACAUGACUUCUUGAAGUCAUACGAAGGUGGCGAGUUUUGCAGGGAGUGGGAUGAAAAGGGAAAAUUGUUUCUGGCCAAGGACAAAGGGACCAUUUCCUGUACCGAUGACGUGUAUAGAUUACUUUACACAGACGCACAAUUGCUGCAUGGAUCGCAUUCCAAAGGGACUCUUAAACUGGACAUUACAUCGCCCUUAGUUGUCAGAUUUUUAGGCACAUUUGGAUCGGAUGUUAGAGAGGAAAUGAGACAAAAAUACAACGUGAAAUUAAAUAUAAAUGGCACACAUGUAUACUUAGAAGGUCCAUCUGAAAGUCUUCAAAACGCAAAACAAUUUUGUAAAGAGUCAAUCUUACGUUUGCGUAGAUCAUUGCCGAUUCCAGCGAAAUUAGAUAAAGCUGACAUUAUAAAAGUCUCGGAUGAAAUUUCACAGAUCGCAGAAAAAAACAAAUGUUGUUGGAAAGUGCAAAACCCACAGAAGCAAGGAGUGGAAGAUAACGUGAACUAUGAUCGAAUUUGGGUGGAUCCAUUGAAAGAGUUAAAUGUUUGCAUUCAAAGUAUUUCUCAUUUAGAAGAUAUUGAGACUGAUAUCCUGAUUGAGUUGACGCAAGAGAAGUUGUUUCCAUUGACUGAUAUAUUUCAUUCUAAAAAUCACCCCAUACUUGAGAAGUCAAAUGAAUUCGGAAAACAUGGAAGAUCGCUGACUGUUGGUGAAGUGAUGUCAUUUAAUUGCAACAAUAACACUUGCGAAAAUCACUGCAAAUACGUUUAUGCUAUCUGUGCACUGGAACAAGUGAGGAAUGGACAGAGCCUUGUUGUAAUAUCGAAUGAACAACUCAAAGAAGGUUUGCAAAAAGCAUUAUCUUUUAUGAUGGAUCAGAAAUGUCAUUCUCUUGCUAUUUCUACAAAGACGUGGCAUCCAGAUAUGCUCCCCGAACUGGAAAUUGUCCAACAGAUGCUAGCUGCCGCUUUUGAUACUCUUCCGGAUGCAAGUUACGACCGAGAAACAAAUGUUGUCCUCUACUGUAACUCAGACAACAUGUCCAUAAUAUCUGACAAAGUAGACGAGAUAUUUCAAAACAGAAAAGGUUUCAAGCGAAUCCCAAAGACAGUGCUUCGCAUAAAAGUUCCUCCAAUCAGAGUUCAAGUUGUUGCCGGAAAUAUUGUCGAUGCGAAAGCUGCUGUGAUCGUCAAUACGGUAAACAAAUCCUUAGAUCUUACAAAGGGACAGGUUUCUAAGAUGAUUGCCCAAAAAGCUGGCGAAAAGCUGCAGAAAGAAUGUAGCCAAAAAUACCCAGAGGGUAUUCAAAUCGGACAGGUUGCCUAUACAGGGCCAUAUGAAUUGAAAGACCCAGGAAAUGUAAAAUAUCUGUUCCACAGCGCUCUACCGUUUCAUGAAAAAGCAAACGUCAUUGUGAUUGUGAAGAAGUUUGUCAAAAGAUGCUUGUACCUUGCGGACAGACUUGACUGCAAAAGUGUAGCAUUUCCAGCUGUAGGGGUUGGACAGCUGAAGUAUCCACGCAGAGAAACCGCUUCGGCAAUGCUAGAAGCCAUUGAGGAGUACAAAAAUGAAACGGCUAUGACAAAUGUUCAAGAAGUGAAAAUAUUUGUAUAUGAAGGGGAUAAAAAGGCAUGUCAGAGUUUUUUUGAUGAACACUGGAAACGCAACUUGAAAUACUUCGAUGUUGGGUUGGAAGAUCAUGCAAGUAGUCCACACAAUGGCAGCGGCAAAAAAUUGGUUAAGAAAUUAGGGAAUAACACACGACUCGAAAUCUUGCCUAAAACAGUCUUUGGAAAGCCAAGCACGUACGCCGUUCAACUAUGCACGAACAAAAAUACGUUAAUUGAAGGCCCAAUGAAAUGUGCUUCUUCGAAACCGGAAACAUGGAAUGAUCAAAUGUAUAUUUGUGAAAGUAUCGAACUUAUUGGUACUGUAAAUAGUGCAAAUCUGGCGAAGAUCUUCAAAGAAGAACGCAUAACAGAAGCAGUGUGGUUUACUGAUGCUUCUUCAAAGAUGCCUUGUUCAUCGCAAGUAGGUGCUAUGCUGGGCAUGUUAGAAUCCCUUUUUCGCCAACACGAAGACGACAUGUCAUUCGUUUCGAAGUUCAAAAUCAUAACCCACGAUGAAACAGCUCUCGAAAUUCUGCAGACACAAGAAAGUGGUUUAGAGUGGUCAUAUGAGAGCGGUCAACAGAAUUUAUCCGUCGAGCUGGUUGGGAAAAGUGAAAAUUAUCUAGAUCUUGCUUGCCAACAAAUUGGACGUUUGUUAACAGAGCUAGAAAAAAGAGCUGAAUUAGACGAAAGGAAGGAAAAUGCUGAACAACAGAAGCAAAAUGUUGCAGUAGAAGCUCAAGACGAACAUCUUGAGAAAACAGAUGACACGCAGGAAAAUCUUUUAGAGGUAUCUGCAACAUUAAAUUCUGGAAUUGUAGCCUACAUGCAAUCACGAUUGAAGGAUUGGAAGAAAUAUAUUGAAGAAAACUUUCAUGUUACCGUGAUAUUGAAGAAGAACAAUGACGUUGAAGUAUUUGGUUGCGUUACAUCUGUAACUCGAUUGGAGUCGUUUCUGAAUAAACGACAGUUUUUAGAUAUGGAUAUUUUGCAAAGAAUGAGUCAAGGUAUUGCCGUUCCGACAGUGACCAUUGAAAUAGAAAUGAAUAUUGGAAUAUACACAUUAGUAUGUAAUCAAGUUUUAACAAAAUUUGAUUUCAAUGGAACAGCUGAAUAUAAAAACAAUGCAUUUGUUUUGACGUGUCCCAUCCAUCAUUCAGAACACGUUAAAAACUCAGUUGAAGCCAUUUUUAAUGAAGUCAAAAUGGAACAGAUUUUUUGCAAAUCAGAAGAGGAAGCUCGCUUUUUAUCCGAGCAAUUUUCGCAAACCAACUGGGCUGGUCAUGUAUGUGUUACAACUGACCGGCCAUAUUUUGCUCUAUGGGCUACAGAAAGGUCACUUUUAUUGGAUGCUUUCAAACAUAUUUUGACUGUCCAAGAAACAACGGUAACAAGCACACGCAUGACAAAAGGGAAUGUUCAGUUACAUUUAGAGAUUGGAGACAUGCAAAAUGUGGAUGCAGAAUUCAUCAUAGUGCCUUCAUGUGCUAGAAUACGUAAUGAACACGGUUUGGGAAAUGUUUGGAAGAAGAUGCUAGGAGAAAAGUAUGUCAAAAUAUGCGAAGAAUCGAUCAGAAAAAAUGGCGAAAUUACGGAAGGUGAAUGCAGAGUAAUUCGCACAAAUCUCGCACGUAGACAGUAUAUUGGACACAUUCGAUUACCUCGUAACUCAAAAAGGAAUGAAACCCAAAGAAGUGAAUUAUGCCGAAUCAAGAAUGCAUUAGUAACCUGUUUCAAAGAAGCAAUAUCACACAGCUGCACAGAUAUUGCGUUGUCAUGUGUCGGUUCAGAUACGACCAAAUCUGGGUUCGGAAUUAGACUGUGCGCAUCCGAAUACUACAGGGCAGUAUUCGAUGUAUUCAAAUGGCCGUCUAACAAGAGUUUCAAUGUUCAUAUUGUGGAUUCAGACAAAGAAAAGAUGUUGAUUGUGACACAAGUGUUUCAAGCUGCAUUAAGAGGUCGUUCCGGUUCGUCUACAGGCAAUGUUUCAUCAAUGACGGAGACAUCCCUUUGAGUCCGGCCAAAAUUAUCUGCAUACGAAGGCCAGUCAAUGCUCAAGACGUUGUAUGUUUCCAUGCGAUCAGAAAUAUUUCUACAAAAGCUGUCAAUAAAUGAACAGUCAAUUAAAAGCAUUAUUAAAAAAUCAUAUAACAGUAGUUUGAAGGUGCUAAACGGUAUCGAAUGCAAAUACAAGUAUUGUAAUCUUCCAAGGCGGAAACUGAUUGCUGCUUUGGGGUGUCUACUCUUUUCUGGUUUAUGUAAGUAAUUUAUUAAGUGAAGAACUGUAUAUAACUGUAUGAGGUCGAGUACUAAAUGAGUAUACAGAACAUUCAUAUUUAGAAAAAAUAUUUUUCAAUGCUUACGUUCAGCUUUAAUUUUUUUGUAAUCCGUAUGAUUUGUCUUAACGAUAUAUGUUUGUUAAGACAGCCGGCGAAUCAUCGUAUUUCCAUUUGUUUAAGAUAAAAGAAAUAUUCUGUACUUUUCAUUGAUCUAUAGCAGUCAAAAACCUACAUCGACACCUCAACUUCCAUUCCUUAAAUGAAUUGCAAUUACAACUAUCAGCCGAUGAACGCAAUAUAUACGCAUAUGUUCGGAUCGUGAGUCAUCGAAUAACAAUAUGCGUGCAAAUUGAAAAGUAUUUAUCUUGUUUUUGUUUGAAAUGUUUCAGCAAAACACUUAAUUCAACAUGUUAGUGAGUGAAAAUUCAUGCUAUGUUAAAUGUAUUGUUGUCAUUGGUGUUUCAAUUUUACGUUUAAAGUGAUUUGGAGUGAUAGCCUUUUCCCACGUUAUGGUGACGUCAUUUGAUAAAAUGUUUCGGGUUACGUUCGGGUCGUUCUAUUUACAGAAUGGGUGAGAAAGAAUUGAAGUGUUUUUAAUGAAACGUAGUAUUUUUUAACAAAUUUUGAAUGAUAUAAUGAACAAUUGGUGUAAAUAUACGUAAUGAUUUGCGUAAUUGAUGUCAUUCUCAGGGAUAUGAACACAAUUUGGCUCUACAGACUUAAACCAGCCCAAUUGCGUUCAUAGUCUGAUAAUGACAUCACAAUUCCUUAUAUAGUAGUCACGUUGUGUUUAGGCAAUACAACUGGCAGAGUGUAUUACAUUUGCUUGUUCGUAUAUUAAAUUUUAUUUAAGGUGUACUGAUUUGUCACUUUUUCUUAUUAUAUGUAAAUUGAAUUUGUUCGUUCUAUAACCUUCCUUACCAUAGUAUGCAUUGUAUGUUUUCAAGUUUUUUUUGCUGGUGUUAUUCUUUAAAUAGCAUUAUUUCGUCAUGCUUUUCCAAAUUAAUAUCGUUCUCUUUUUCACUGGAAAUCAUGCUGGUUCCCUGAAGGAAGUUCGUGGACACAUGCAUUAAAGAACCCCAACAAUGCGAUAUGUAGACCAUGUCAUAAAAAUGCGUGAUUUUUUUAAUAUCUGUCAAAAAGGUUUACUAAUUAUGAUAAAUGUUACAGAAAAUAAUAUUGUAGCGGUAUGUUUGUCCGUCGAACGAAUAUUCCACAAGCUUGAGCCUAGAACGACGUUUUCUUUUGUUUGUAGAAUUCAUUAAUUGUCAUCUCUUUCAAAUAUUGUGUUGAAACAUACAUAUGAAGGCGGCAGAAAUAGUGAACACAGUUAUCUACAUAUAAGUAUAUAUAGAAGAAGGUGUCGAUGACCGUGUUUACCCCUUUUCCAAUAAAGCUAAUAUUUUUAUGUAAUAAAAAUAAAAUUUAUAUUAGAUAAAUCCUGCACUUUCAUUGAAGAGCUUAGAUGACCAAACACUCGUUAAACCAUGUUUAUUUUUUUUAAACUGUUAUUCCAUUUUAUCAUGUUAUUUGUGCAUGUACAUUAUAGUAGAUCGAAUUCAAUGAGUAUGAUGAAAACUUAAAUAUUUUAUUACUUCUUUUGUUUUCACAACUCUGACUGAUACUGCAUUCAAUGUGAUAGAGAAUGUUGCUAGUAUAUUCGUUGUUCUGCACACUCAGAUUGCAGCAUAUGCAUUCAUUGCUUCGAAAAGUAAUAUGUAUGUAGUAUGGCGGUGUUCAUAUCAAUACUUCUUUAAAAAACGUGCACACGCAAAGAGAAUCAAUGUAGCUGAAGCAUUCGUCUUCACAAUUAAAAUCAUCAUGCAUGGAGUGUCGUCAUUCGUCAGAGUUCAAUCUUAAGUUUAUAUCUAGUAUUGGUUAAAAAAUACUAGUAGACUAAGUAGUGUUCUUCGUUGUAUCGUUAUUGAUAGUUUAGUAUCUGUUGCAAACAUAUAUUUAUGUCAAGUGCAUACAUGUAUGAUAAAACAAUAAAAUACAUGUUUUUCAUUUAUGAUUAAACAAAAGAAUACAUGCUUACAAUAUUUUUUUGUCAAAUUUUUGUGUAUCAUUGUAUAGAAAAAUGCAAAAAAGUUUUAUUUGCUCUGUAUAUUGUAUUGUAUCUACUUUAUAUUUGAGCAUUGUAGAAUAAAACUCAUAAACUGAAA